AUGGCGCGACGCGCGCUGCUGAUCGUCACGGCGCUCUUGAACGCGCAUCAGUGCGUCGCCUUCGUGCCGCAGAGCAGCGCCGUGCGCAACACCAUCGUGCUCGCGGCGGCCAAGCUGCCGCCGCCGCCGCCGCCGCCGCCCAAGGUCGAGGUCGACGACGUUUCGAAGCAGAUCGCGGACGCGUCGGCGGCGGCGUCGAAGUCGCUCGCGGACGCGUCGGCGGCGGCGUCCGAGGCCAUCGCGCGGGCGACGGCGGACGCCGCGCAGCAGGCCGGCCCGGCCGCGGCGGAACUCGGCGCGAAGCUCUCGGCCGCGUCCGCCGACGCCGGCAAGACGCUCGCCGCCGCGUCCGCCGACGCCGGCAAGUCGCUCGCCGCCGCGUCCGCCGACGCGGGCAAGACGCUCGCCGCCGCGUCCGCCGACGCGGGCAAGACGCUCGCCGCCGCGUCCGCCGACGCGGGCAAGAGCGCGUCGGUCGCCCUCGAGCAGGCCGUCAAGAGCGUCGACACCGACGCCGCCGCCAGGGGCCUCGACGCGGCGCUGAAGACGGCGGCGGCGAGCGUCGACGCCGCGACGAAGAGCAUCGACACGGACGCCGUCGUCGGGAGCCUGAAGCAGGCGGGCGACGUCGCCGCGAAAUCCGUCGAAUCGACGGCGAAAUCCGCGGCGCAGUCCGUCGAAUCGACAGCAAAGAGCAUCGACACCGACGCCAUGCAGAAGGGCCUCGACGCGGCCCUCAAGAAGUUGAGCGCCGACCUCGACGCGGCGACCGCGUCCGCGGCGAACGGCGUGGACACCGCCGCGGCGCAGAAGGCGCUCGACGCGUCGCUCCGGAAGAUCGGCGCGGACCUCGACGCCGCGACCCGGGCCGCGUCGACGAGCGUCGACUCCGCCGCCGCGCAGAGGAGCCUCGAGUCGGCCCUGAAGAAGGGGAGCGCGGACCUCGCCGCCGCGACGAAGCGCGCGGACCUCGACGGCGCGACGAAAAGCCUCGACGCGGCGCUCGCGAAGCUAGGCCGGGACCUCGACGCGACCGCGAAAGAGGUCGACGUCGAGGCCGCGCUCAGGAAGCUCGGCGCGGACCUCGACGCGGCGACCAGGGCCGCGGCGGGCGGCGUCGACGCGGACGCCGCCCUCUCGAAGAUCAAAGCGGACCUCUACGCCGCGACGGAGACCGCGGCGAAAGCCGUCGAUUCCGCCGCGGCGCAGCAGAGCCUCGACGCGGCCCUGAAGAAGGUGAGCGCGGACCUCGACGCGGCGGCGAAGAGCGUCGACGCGGGCGCCGCGUCCAAGAGCGUCGCGUCGGCGCUGGCCAAGGUCGGCGCGGACCUCGACGCCGCGACGAAGACCGCCGCCAAGUCCAUCGACGCGGAGGCCGUCGUCGGGAGCCUGAAGCAGGCGGGCGACGUCGCCGCGAAAUCCGUCGAGUCGACGGCCAAGUCCGUCGACGCCGCGACGAAGACCGCCGCCAAGUCCAUCGACGCGGACGCCGUCGCGGGCUCCCUCAAGAAGGCGGGCGACGUCGCCGCCAAAACCGCCUCCGACGGCCUCGGCGCCGCGUCGAAAUCCGUCGACGUGGCCUCGCUGGGCAAGUCCCUCGGCGUCGCGCUGCCGAGCCUCGACGCGCUCCGGGACGGGCUCAUCGCGAACGGCGUCCCCGAGGACCAGGUCGCCACCCUCGGCUUCGCCGCCGUCGCCGCCGCCGUCGGCGUCGUAUCUGCCGCCGCGGGGACCGCGGCGACGCCGGCGCCGACGCCCGCGGCGACGGACGCCGAGAAGGCGGCCGCGGCGGCCAUGGCCAAAGCCGAGGCCGAGGCCAAGGCGGCCGCGGAGGCCAAGGCGGCCGCGGCCGACGCCGACGCCGAGGCGGCCGCGGAGGCUCGGGCCAAGGCGGCCGCGGACGCCAUGGCCAAGGCCGAGGCCGACGCCAAAAAGGCCGCGGAGGCCAAGGCCAAGGCGGAAGCGGAGGCCAAGGCCAAGGCCGAAGCCGAGGCGAAGGCCAAGGCGGAAGCUGAGGCCAAGGCCAAGGCCGACGCCGAGGCCAAGGCCAAGGCCGACGCGGACGCCAAGGCGGCCGCGGACGCCAAGGCCAAGGCCGACGCCGCGGCCAAGGCGGCGGCGUCGAAGCGGGCCCCGUGGCGACCCGCGGCCGCGAGCGAGGACGUGACGCGCUUCACGGCGUUCUGCGUCAAGUUCGACAAGGUCUACGACACGGAGGCCGCCUACGCGGAGCACUUCGCGCGAUGGAAGCAACGCGACGCGGAGAUCGCCGAGCGGAAUCGGGCCACGCCGCCCGGCGAGGCCAAGCUCCGACUCAACAAGUUCGCCGACCUCUCCGAGGAGGAGAUCGCGGCCCUCACGAAAUAA